AUGAAGCUGAGGGCCAUCCUUCAGACCUUCUUUGCGGCACUCGCUUGGGGCGCCUCCGACACACAGCCGGGUGCGACAGCAGUAUUGGAUGACAGCUGUCGUGACGCGCCCCUGUCCCUGGUGCAGUCGCGGGCUUCUAGCCGAGGCAAAGGGGCUUCCCAACAAGCGGGCCCAAAGCCAUGGGAGAAGCACUACUACUUCGUGGGUACGCACCACAAGUCCGGCAGCCAGCUGCUGCGAGAUGUGAUGACACAUGCCUUUGACACCCUGGGUGCUCCCUCCUCCUGUCACUGGAAUCCUACGGGCACGAGUGCCAUUACUGCGGCAGAUCACGACCAUGUGUGCAGCGACCGGUUGGACAUACCCAUACAAUGGGACAACGGCGCCCGCAUCGGAAAUUUUGCGAUGGCGCGGAAGGCGGCUUCCUUCCGCCAGCUGCCAAUCCGAGGCGCCCACGCCAUUCGCAAGCCCAAGGACAUGCUCGUCUCGGCCUACUGCUAUCACCACCGGGGUGAGGAGUAUGGCCACUAUGCAGGGGCCCCAUGGCCCGAGAUCAUGUUCAUGGGCCCUCUCGAAGGUUUCAUGGCCCUCUGGCCCGCCAUGAUGCAGAACAUUCAGACCAUGGUGGACGUCUACACGAACACGAGUGCGGAUGAGAUGUUCCACGUGCGCUUCGAGGAGGUCACCAAGUCGUCGGAAGGCUUUGACGACGUGGUUCAGAGGCUGUUUCACUUCCUCUUCGCGCCCACAGUCCCAGAGUCGGGCCUGUCUCGGCUUUGGCAGGCAGCCAAGGUAGAGGACUUGAACGUCAACCCCACCUACAAUAACACCAUCUCCGAAAACGGCCACUCGAAUGACAAGGACUGCAUGCAGGCUGCGCAGGAAUCUUUGCUGGAGCUGGACCCAAGAUGGUUGCAACAACUGAAGGACAUGCAAGAGCAGCUAGGGUAUUCGAUUGAGAACUGGCCGGACCCAGUCACCAGCUGA